CUCUUUUUGCAAAUGUACGCUAGCUAGGAGACAAUAGUAACAGGAACGUGGAAAGCUGAAGUUCUUGAACUGGUAUGCAAAAUGAACUAGUUGUCAAUAGCUUGUGGGGCUAUAUGUUACUAUGUGGAUUAGUUCAACGCCGCGAAGGCCUCGAUCAACGCCCAAGCAAAUCGAGACCAAAGCUACAAGAAAUCGCUGGCUCCACAUGCCUUACUUAUGUAGCCAAACUGUCUAACAGCAAGUCUUAUAAAGAUGGCGUGGUCUGCAAAAGUUUUUGAGAUAUUAUUUUACCUCCCAACUGGAGACUGUGACAAGAUAGAACCCGAAGCCUGCAUCGCCGAUCCGUCAGUAUGGUCAAAAUACAGAUUCUCUAUUCAUUGGCAGUUGCUGCCUCAGCUCUUGCUGCGCCCUCAGGGGUCUUUAGCUCCCUAUUUUCGUCUCUCGAUAGGCGAGCUUGCACCAGUCCUUCAAACUUGUUGAAAAACCCCGGCUUUGAGUCAAAAUCUAUUAGUCCAUGGGUCUAUGCUCCAUACUAUCCAAAGCAAACCAGUCAGAAACUUGUAACAUCUGGCUACAAGAGCGACCAUGCUCUCCAGAUCUCUGGUCUUGCCAAGACAUCCAGUGAGAUGGGCUUCAGCAGGCUUCAGCAGAAUUUCACGACCUGCAAGGCUGGAAAGUACCAGUUAUCAUGGUCUAUGUACCUUCCCAAGGGCGCAGCCCAGGGUAUCGACCCCCGCACCCCUGGAAUGACUAUCUGGGUCUAUGACCCCUCCGGCGCUGCCCAAGUAGGAACACUCUCCUUUGGUCCCAAUUCUUUCAACAGCACAAUCGGGUAUCCCGUGAAACUCGGGAAGCACAAGGCGGGUGAGUGGGUGAACUUUUCGACGAAGCUGGCGAAUAACUUGAAGGCUGGCAAAUGUACCUUGGUUGUGAAUUGGUUUGUCCCCGGCCAAGAGCAGGGCAAUCCGAACGGAAAGCUGACGUUGAAGCUCGACAACUUUGCUAUAAAGGCUGUUUAGAGUAGCUAUAACGUACAUGCUGGUGAUUAGUGGCUUCUUAUAAGAGCGACAUAUAUACACCCUGGUCUUUCUCCCUGGACUUGGCAAUAACGAG